AUGUGUCCAGGGCUUUGGGGGAGAGACCCCUCAGGAAGGGUGGCUGCCCAGCUCGGGGAGCCUUUUCCGAGGCGUGUGGCCCAGCCUCGGGGCAGGCAGGGGGCUCCCGUCGCUUCCAGUCCUCAGCCCCUUCUUGGCUUUCGUGUCCCAGAUCAGCCGUUCUCAGAUGUGCCCCGUGUUCAGGAUGCCUUUAGGGUGCUGCGAAACGAGCCUUCCUGCCCCGCCCUGUUCUGUCCUGCAGGGUCCCUGUGUUGGGGCUCAUCCCGGGACCUGCUUCUAGAAGCCCUGCUUGGCGAGACCCAGGGGAGACCCCUGUAG